AUGCGGCCUUUUGUGCCGCGUAGCGUGGCAGGCACCAAGCGGCGGCACCCUGUCGGUGGAUCGCCCGCUGCGCUACCUGUACCACAAACGCAGGCUGUGAGUACGACGACGAACGAUACCAGGCCACUAGCCUCGACCUUGCUAAAUGUGUGCUCGCCAUGGGUCGCUCAGUGGUCCAAUGAGGCGCCAGCAUGGAUGACCGACGGCCAGGCUGUGCAUGUCGCGCGUCUGUUGGCAUGGUGCAGCAUCCAGUCGCUGCCUUGUACAUCAGCCGCGGAGCUGUAUGCUGCUCUGACACAUCUGUUUCCGUUUCAGUGCAUUCAGCCAGCGUCGACGCCGUUGCAUAUCCAAUGUCAGCCGAUCCCUGAACCCCAUGUGGUCUUUAUCGAGCAUAUUUCUGAGCAGCCAGCCAAUGCGCUGAGUAUUGCUACGUGGAUUCAAGCGCUUGUUCGCCUAGCCGAGCCACAACAUACCGCGUCUAUUGCGGCCGUAUACCCAGCCUCGGGGUUGGGCCAGUACGUAUACCCCACAUCGGGCAUGCGUGACGCCUUUGUCGUCGUUGAUCCAACGACGUCGGCCCUCUUGCUUAAGCACUGGGCAUGGCAUGGCGGCGCACGCCCUUGGACCGCUGCAACGUGGGCCACAAUCGGCGUAUCCGACCAGCUUCGAUGCCUAUCCCUUGCGCAGUUCGAGGCUCUAUGUGACGAGUACACUACCUGGCAAAGGACACUGGUCCAACGCAACAUUCUUGCGGCCAAAGCCAAGGCACAGGGGCAAGCUAUACCUACUGAGGCUCCGGCCCCGUCCAUGGAUUACCCUCUAGGCACUAUUGUAGCGUUUGUGCCCCAGGACGCUACAUCGUCGGAGGCCAAAGCGCGUCUGGCUGCAUUUGUGCCCAAUGGCAUUGAUUAUGUGGAUAUGACCCCCACCUCUACCAUGGCGUAUGCCCGCUGCUCGACUGCCGACGCUGCCACAAAACUUGUACAAUAUAUCGGACCUUCUUCCUACAUUCUUCAAACCAAUGAACUCGCUACGUACUGGUCCCGCAUUCCGCAGCGUGUCCGAAAUGCGGCGCUGAAACGAAGCUUAAAAGAUACCCGUAUGGGUUGA